GGAAAUUCUCAUUCUUGCCGUCAAGUGCAAGUCCGCAAGCUGCAACGUUAGGGUAUAUAAAGACCCUACAGCUUUGCUUCCUAGAAAGAUAUGGUCUUCCUUUCUCUCGUGGUUGCCACUAUCCUUGUGGAUGUCGUACUCUCGGACCCGUUGCACAUUCCGAUCGUUAAACGUACGAAAGUCAAGACAGUAGAAAGCUAUGCCAACGCCGCAGAAAAAUUACGCUAUAAAUAUGGAUUCAAAUCCAAUUCCUCGAGAAAACGGGGAAAUACAUCCCCUGUUGCUAUCACAGACGAGCAAAAUGAUUCGAGUUAUUCCGGUGUAGUUGGCAUAGGCACACCUGCUCAGAUUUUCAGUGUCGUCCUUGAUACCGGGUCUUCUGAUCUUUGGGUUGGGUCGACAUCCUGCCUAACAUGUUCUGUAAAUGCUCCUGCAUUUGAUCCAUCACAGUCAUCCACUCUCAAACUUGCCAGCGGCGGAAGUUCACAAGUGCAUAUCAUAUACGGCUCUGGUACUGUACAAGGUGGUCUUGCCACAGACACCGUUUCCUUGGGUGGCUUCAGUGUCGCACCACAAACUUUCCUCGUUGUUGAUGAAACCUCAGCGAAUUUAUUUACUGACGGUGUUUCUGGCAUAAUGGGCCUCGGAUUCGAGAGUCUUGCUGCAACUAAGGCACUACCUUUCUGGGAGUCUCUGGCCAACAAUAACCAGUUCUCAUCCCCUGAAAUGUCAUUUUACCUCGCCCGGCUUGUCGAUCAAGCACAGACUGAGGAGGCUCCUGGUGGCGUAUUGAUCCUUGGUGGCACCAACUCUAGCCUGUACCAGGGCCAGAUUGAUUUCGUUAACAUGCCCGAUGGAGUAUCGCCCAGCUAUUGGUGGCAACAGGUCAACAAGGUCACCGUCCAAGGUAAUACUGUCGGCAUCAGUACAGGAACCACCUCAUAUGCGGCAAUCGAUACCGGUACUACUCUAGUUGGUGGUCCUUCCACUGAUGUGAAAAGCAUCUGGGCUGAGAUUACGGGCUCGCAAGCUCUGUCUCCGACAGGACAGUACGCGGGAAUGUACAGUUACCCUUGUUCGAUCGAUGUCCAAGUGACAAUAUCGUUCGGAAGCAACUCGUGGCCAAUUAAUACAGCUGACAUGAACUUGGGCGAGCUCGGGAAUGGGCAGUGCUUGGGUGGUAUUUUUGACCUCACUGCUGGCUCCGACGCCGGUACAGGUCAAGGUAACCCUGGCUGGGUUGUUGGAGACACUUUUCUGAAAAAUGUGUACUCUGUUUUCCGUUCGAACCCGCCUUCAGUAGGCUUCGCUCAGUUAGCAGAUGGAUUAAGCGCUUCUUCAGGUACCUCUGGUUCGAAUCCCGCGCAGAUAACGCAAACUAGCGAUCCUCUGCCCUCUGUCUCUGGAAGUUCGGGGAGCAAUGCCAGCUCGGCUCCUCCGACGGUGAACGCCAUGAGCAGUUUAUAUCUUACCCUCUUUGCAACCCUCGUUUUGGCACUUUCAUUGUUGCGCUAGUAUGGAAAGAACACACUACACAUCAUUAACAACACCAUAAUGGAAGCUUUGACGUAUGGACUGACGCACCCUUACUAAUACAUGGAGCAUUGUGGAUUUUCACUCUAAAGCUAGAGGAGGCAUGUUGAUCUGUAGGAAUAAGUUCGUGCUUUGAGGAACUUCGAUCGAUAUUUGUUGCCCCAGUGGCUAUUUAGUUCUAGUAUGGCACUGUUACCUUGUGUCAUCUUUUGCAUACAUUGUCCUCGUAGCUUUUGUCUUCGCAGCUGGUGGGAUUGACAUAUUAUAAUUUUGGAACAUUCGAAUCCGAUCACCAAGGAAAGAAGAUGCAAUGUAGGUUGGCAAUCUGGAAAUCGAAGGAAUGACCAUACGAGACGCAGCUAUGAUCCCGGGAGGUCGGGAUCUGCUCGGAUGUUCGUAUGC